AUGCCUGCUCGUCCAGGGCCUACUAGUCAGGAGGGAUAUCCCUCCUCCUCGCCCUCUCUAGACGCUCAUUCACAGGACCCCUUCAAUUCUCAGCGACGCUAUUACGAUAAUGACUCGGACCAUGUUGAGUUUGGCGGCAGGCGCGAUUAUCGGGAGACAUACAACUCAGACACCAGCAAUCCCGCGGUCAAUGACUACGAGCAUGGAAACUACGACUAUCCCCUCCCCGACACAGAUUCAGACCCUGAUGUCUAUGGUCAGCGGCCGGCCCCUUCCUCAGAGUCCCUCGGCCCCCCUCCAGGCAGUCGCAUGGGCUAUCCCGAUUCUUCAACACCAACCUUCAUGGAGUACGGUGGACCGGCCGGCUCGCGGGAGGCUUAUCCCGCGUGGAGCGCAGAGCGCCAGAUCCCUCUCUCAAAGGAGGAAAUAGAGGACAUUUUUCUUGAUCUCACACAAAAGUUCGGUUUUCAGAGGGAUUCGAUGAGGAAUAUGUUCGAUUUUUUGAUGCAGCUGCUCGAUAGCAGAGCAUCCAGAAUGUCUCCAAAUCAGGCCCUGCUCACCCUCCACGCCGACUAUAUUGGCGGUCACAAUGCCAACUAUCGGAAGUGGUAUUUCGCCGCUCAACUCGACCUCGAUGAUGCCAUUGGCCAAACCCAGAAUCCCGGCCUCAAUCGCCUCAAGUCAAAGCGGGGCGGCAAGCGUCAGCCUCACGAAAAGUCUCUCAACACGGCAUUGGAUCGCUGGCGGGAGGCAAUGAACAGCAUGAGCCAAUAUGAUCGACUGCGGCAGAUUGCUCUCUACCUACUUUGUUGGGGUGAAGCCGCCCAAGUCCGGUUCUGUCCCGAAGCCCUGUGUUUCAUCUUCAAAUGUGCAGACGAUUAUUACCGAUCACCCGAAUGCCAGAAUCGCGUUGAGCCAGUACCCGAGGGUCUGUAUCUCCGAGCGGUCACGAAGCCUUUGUACAGAUUCAUUCGUGAUCAGGGUUAUGAGGUCGUAGAUGGAAAGUUUGUGCGGAGAGAACGAGACCACCAGGAUAUCAUUGGGUAUGACGAUGUGAAUCAACUGUUUUGGUACCCAGAAGGCAUUGCGAGAAUAGUCCUCAACGACAAGACACGACUCGUCGACCUACCUCCUGCCCAACGGUUCAUGAAGUUCGACCGGAUAGACUGGAACCGCGCCUUCUUCAAGACAUACUCAGAAAAACGCUCUAUAGGCCAUCUCCUUGUCAACUUCAACCGCAUCUGGGUCAUCCACAUAGCUAUGUUCUACUUCUACACUUCGUUCAAUUCACCGAAUGUAUAUCGCGUAGAGGGGCGCUCGUCGCCUGCCAUGACGUGGUCCGCUGUCGCCUUGGGAGGUGCCGUUGCCACCAUCAUCAUGAUUCUUGCCACCAUCGCCGAAUUCUCGUACAUCCCCACGACCUGGAACAACACAUCACAUCUUACUCGACGUCUCAUUUUCUUAUUCAUCACGCUAGGUCUUACUUCCGGUCCCACGGUUUACAUUGCCAUUGUAGAGCAUAACGGCACUGGCGGGCAGCUGGCGCUUAUUUUGGGCAUCGUUCAGUUCUUCAUUUCGGUCAUUGCGACGGUGCUGUUUGCGAUCAUGCCGUCUGGCAGGAUGUUCGGCGACAGGGUUGCGGGCAAAUCAAGAAAGUACCUUGCGAGCCAGACGUUUACAGCGAGUUACCCGCAAUUGGGCAAGCAAAACCGCAUCGGCUCGAUAUUUUUGUGGAUAUUGGUGUUCGGGUGCAAGUUUGUGGAAUCCUACUUUUUCUUGAGCACAUCUUUUGGCAAACCGAUCCAGGUGAUGGUGGGCAUGAAGGUUCAAGGGUGCUCGGACAAGUUGUUUGGCAAUUCGCUGUGCACUAAUCAGGCAGCGUUCACGUUGACGAUUAUGUAUAUCAUGGAUCUGGCUUUGUUCUUCUUGGACACGUUUUUGUGGUAUAUCAUUUGGAAUACGGUGUACAGUAUCGCGCGCUCGUUUACGCUCGGACUUUCGAUCUGGACUCCCUGGAAGGAUAUCUAUACCAGACUACCCAAGCGGAUAUAUGCAAAGCUUUUGGCUACUCAGGAUAUGGAGGUCAAGUACAAACCCAAGGUUCUCGUCUCGCAAAUUUGGAAUGCAAUCAUCAUUUCCAUGUACCGCGAACAUCUGCUCUCUAUCGACCAUGUGCAAAAGCUGCUUUAUCACCAAGUUGACACUGGCGCGGGCGGACGGCGGUCGUUGCGUGCGCCGCCAUUCUUCACGGCACAAAACGACAAGGGCUUCAAGGGCGAGUUUUUCCCGGCUGGGAGCGAAGCGGAGAGACGAAUCUCGUUCUUUGCGCAGAGUCUGACGACGAACAUUCCGCCGCCUCUGCCGGUUGAUGCGAUGCCUACGUUUACGGUCUUGACGCCCCAUUACAGUGAAAAGACUUUGCUCUCGCUGCGUGAGAUCAUUCGCGAAGAGGAUCAGAACACCCGCGUUACGCUUCUCGAGUACCUGAAGCAGUUGCACCCGAUCGAAUGGGAGAAUUUUGUCAAGGAUACCAAGAUCCUCGCGGAGGAGUCGGCGAUGUUCAAUGGCGUCAACCCCUUUGCGAACGACGAAAAGGGCCAGUCUAAGGUCGAUGAUUUGCCGUUCUACUUUAUCGGAUUCAAGAGCGCCGCCCCUGAAUUCACACUGCGCACGCGUAUCUGGGCUUCGCUCCGCGCGCAGACUUUGUACAGGACGGUCUCUGGCAUGAUGAACUACUCCAAGGCGAUCAAGCUGCUCUACCGCGUGGAGAACCCCGAGGUCGUACAGCAGUUCGGCGGUAACACGGAUAAGCUUGAGCGAGAGCUUGAGAGGAUGGCAAGGCGCAAGUUCAAGUUUGUCGUGUCGAUGCAGCGGUUCUCCAAGUUCAACAAGGAGGAGCAUGAGAAUGCCGAGUUUUUGUUGCGCGCGUAUCCUGAUUUACAGAUUGCGUAUUUGGAGGAGGAGCCGCCGCGCAGGGAAGGUGGCGACCCGCGGAUUUUCUCGUCGUUGAUUGAUGGACAUAGCGAGUUUGUGCCUGAGACGGGGAGGAGGCGGCCUAAAUUCCGUAUCGAGCUGCCUGGGAACCCUAUCCUCGGAGACGGAAAGUCGGACAACCAGAACCACGCGAUCAUCUUUUAUAGGGGCGAAUAUUUGCAGCUCAUCGAUGCGAACCAGGAUAAUUACCUCGAGGAGUGUCUUAAGAUCAGGAAUGUGUUGGCUGAGUUUGACGAGUAUGCGGUGUCGAACCAGAGCCCGUACGGUCAAUGGAACCACAAGGACUUCAAGAAGCCUCCCGUUGCAAUUGUUGGUGCGCGCGAAUACAUUUUCUCGGAGAAUAUUGGUAUACUGGGAGAUCUGGCUGCUGGUAAAGAGCAGACGUUUGGAACGCUCUCUGCGCGGUCUAUGGCGUGGAUCGGCGGGAAGUUGCAUUACGGUCACCCGGAUUUCUUGAACGCGCUGUACAUGACGACGCGGGGCGGAGUGUCCAAGGCGCAAAAGGGAUUGCAUCUCAACGAGGAUAUCUACGCGGGCAUGAACGCGUUCGGGCGUGGUGGUGUGAUCAAGCAUACGGAGUACUACCAGUGCGGUAAAGGUCGUGAUUUGGGCUUUGGUACGAUUUUGAACUUCCAGACGAAGAUUGGGACGGGUAUGGGAGAACAGUUUUUGAGUCGGGAGUACUAUUAUUUGGGCACACAGUUGCCUAUUGAUAGGUUCUUGACGUUUUAUUAUGGCCAUCCUGGAUUCCAGAUCAACAAUAUGCUGGUUAUUCUGUCGUUGCAGCUGUUCAUUGUGACGAUGGUGUUCAUUGGAACGUUGAACUCGAACCUGCAGAUUUGCAAGUAUACUGCGGCUGGACAGUUCUUGGGUGGACAGGCUGGCUGUUACAACCUUGACCCUGUGUUCUCUUGGAUCCACCGAUGCAUCAUCAGUAUCUUCUUGGUGUUCAUGAUUGCCUUCUUGCCACUUUUCCUCCAAGAACUUGUCGAGCGUGGAACGUGGAAAGCCAUUUUCCGUUUAUGCAAACAAUUUUCAUCACUCUCACCCGUCUUCGAGGUGUUUGCAACCCAGAUCUACACGCAUUCCAUUCUUAGCAAUCUGACAUUUGGUGGUGCUCGAUACAUUGCUACCGGCCGUGGGUUCGCGACGACGAGAAUCUACUUCAACAUUUUGUUCUCGCGCUUUGCUGGGCCAAGCAUAUACCUGGGCAUGAGGACCUUGAUCAUGCUGUUGUAUGUGACGUUGACGCUGUGGACGCCAUACCUCAUUUAUUUCUGGUUUACGGUCAUGUCGCUGUGCAUCGCGCCGUUCUGGUUCAACCCUCAUCAGUUUGUGUUCUCGGAUUUCAUCAUCGACUACCGUGAAUUUUUGAGAUGGAUGAUGCGCGGUAACUCACGCUCACACAACAAUUCGUGGAUUGGAUACUGCCGCCUGUCGCGAACCAUGAUCACCGGUUACAAGAAAAAGAAGUUGGGCCACCCAUCCGAAAAGCUAUCAGGCGACGUCCCCCGUGCCAGCUGGCGAGCGGUCAUCUUUUCAGAGAUCAUAUUCCCGAUCGUCAUGGCCGUCCUGUUUGUGAUCGCGUACAUGUUCGUCAAGUCGUUCCCGGAUGCCAAUGGCAAGUUCCCCCCAAGCCCGCUGAUUCGCAUCGCGGUCAUCUCGCUCGGUCCCAUCGUCUGGAAUGCUGCUGUCCUGUUGGUGUUAUUCCUGGUCUCGCUCUUCCUAGGCCCCAUGCUCGACCCCAUGUUCUCAAAAUUCGGCUCCGUGAUUGCGUUCAUUGCCCAUGUUUUGGGUGUUGUCGGCAUGCUCGGCUUCUUUGAGUUUUUGUGGUUCCUCGAGUCGUGGGAUGCCAGCCAUGCUGUCCUUGGCCUUAUCUGUGUGAUAGCUAUCCAACGAGCUGUGCACAAGAUUCUCAUCUCAGUCUUCCUGUCCCGUGAAUUCAAACACGACGAAACGAAUCGUGCGUGGUGGACGGGUAGAUGGUACGGCCGUGGAUUGGGCUCGCAUGUGAUGUCCCAGCCCGCCCGAGAGUUUAUCGUAAAGAUCAUUGAACUGUCGUUGUGGAGCUCGGAUCUUCUUCUUGGACACAUGCUCUUGUUUUUGUUGACGCCUCCCAUUCUGAUACCCUAUUUUGACCGUCUACAUGCUACCCUACUUUUCUGGCUACGGCCCUCGAAACAAAUCCGUGCUCCUCUGUAUUCCAUCAAGCAGAAGCGUCAACGACGCUGGAUUAUCAUAAAAUAUGGAAUUGUCUAUGUCCUCGUACUCGCCAUCUUUGUUGUUCUCAUCGCCUUACCCGCGACUCUCCGCAAUUCCCUAAAAUUCAACUGCAGCCUCUGUAACAGCCUGUAA